GCUCCAGACGCCGGCGGUACCCGGGCGCGCUCGGCCUGCGGCCCAGCCCCGCGUGCAGCAGCCAUGGCCAUCGCCCACCUGGCCACGGAGUACGUGUUCUCGGACUUCUUGCUGAAGGAGCCCACCGAGCCCAAAUUCAGGGGCCUGCGGCUCGAGCUGGCUGGGGACAAGAUGGUCACGUGCAUCGCGGUGGGGUUGCCGCUGCUGCUCAUCUCUCUGGCCUUCGCGCAGGAAAUCUCUAUAGGUACCCAAAUAAGCUGCUUCUCCCCGAGUUCUUUCUCCUGGCGGCAGGCUGCCUUCGUGGAUUCUUACUGCUGGGCAGCGGUGCAGCAGAAGGGCUCCCUGCAGAGCGAGUCUGGAAACCUCCCACUGUGGCUGCAUAAGUUCUUCCCCUACAUCCUGCUACUGUUUGCCAUCCUCCUGUACCUGCCUCCGCUGUUCUGGCGUCUAGCAGCAGCUCCUCAUAUUUGCUCAGACCUGAAAUUUAUUAUGGAGGAACUUGACAAAGUUUACAACCGCGCCAUUAAGGCUGCAAAGAGUGCCCGUGACCUUGACCUGAGAGAUGGCGCCUACGCAGUUCCAGGUGUCAACGAGAAUACAGGGCAGAGUUUGUGGGAGAUAUCCGAAAGCCACUUCAAGUACCCAAUUGUAGAGCAGUAUUUGAAGACAAAGAAAAACUCCAAUAAUUUAAUCCUCAAGUACAUUAGCUGCCGGCUGGCCACACUCACCAUCAUAGUGUUAGCCUGUAUCUACCUGGGCUAUUACUUUAGCCUGUCUUCACUCUCAGACGAAUUUGUCUGUAGCGUCAAGUCAGGGAUUCUGAAAAAUGACAGCACGGUUCCUGAUCGGUUCCAGUGCAAGCUCAUUGCUGUCGGCGUCUUCCAGCUGCUCAGCUUCAUCAACCUCAUGGUGUACGUUCUGCUCACGCCUGUGGUCGUCUACACGCUGUUUGUUCCAUUCCGGCAGAAGACGGAUGUUCUCAAAGUGUAUGAAAUCCUGCCUACUUUUGAUGUUCUGCAUUUCAAAUCCGAAGGGUACAAUGACUUGAGCCUCUACAACCUUUUCUUGGAAGAGAAUAUAAGUGAACUCAAGUCAUACAAGUGUCUUAAGGUACUGGAGAAUAUUAAAAGCAGUGGUCAGGGGAUCGAUCCAAUGCUGCUCCUGACUAACCUUGGCAUGAUCAAAAUGGAUAUAAUUGACGGCAAAACUCCUGUGUCGGCAGUGACCAAGGGAGAGGAGCCGGGGAGCCGGAAGGCAGAGCUCAAAGAUUUGGACAUACACAGUGAAAGUAAAACCAAUAAUGAAGAGAAGAGUGCUCGACAGAGACUUUUGAAUUCUUCCUGCUGAUUUAGUGUUGAACUCCAAACUCUGGCUUCCGACGCAGGAUGCGUUAUGAUUAAGGCGCUCCAUUGGGUUCACAGUUGGUUUGCAGUAACUGGUUUUGAGUAGUGGUAGUGAGCAUGUCUUACUGAGCCCCUAGUGAACAUACGUCUACGAAAUGUUACGAAGGAGUGGUUAACGUCCUCCAAGAAGCAUGUGGAGAUAACUCAUAGCGACUGCAUUGCACAGAAAUCCACACUGGUGGAAUGCAGGCUCUUCACGCGCAGUGCCGCGCCCUUCAGAGUCUCAGAUAGACAUCGGACAUCAUCACAGGCAGCGUGACCCAGCGCUCACAGAGCACGUACUUCAGGAGAUCUUACAUUGCGAAAUAAUAAGCAUAUCAGGAUAUAAUUCAGUGUGAAUCUCAUGUGCCCUUACUUUUUGGACACGGAAAGCGUUUGGUGGCUCUUCAUGGCCAGGGGUGGGCCUGCGCUUGGCAGGGUCUCACUGGUGUCCCUCUGGCACCUGGCUCUGGUGCCCUUGAGCGCCCCUUCCAGCGUCGGCGCCUCGCCACGCUGCUGCACUCCGCUCUGCAGGCAGCAGGCCUGAGCACUGCUCUGAUUGAAAACUUAGGUAGCAAGAUAUAGUCGGGCGGCAAUUCAGCUCCUACCGUAGUGACUGCAGUGCGAGGAGGAGAGAGCUUCAGAACAAGCCCGGUGGGAAAUUGGAGUCUCCGUUUACAGAAGUUAAUUCAGUCACUUUCAGAGAGACUGUCUACAGUGUGCGCUCAAGACAAACAACAGAAUUUUGCUUAAACAUACUCAGAACACAACAAAGUUUACAGGGAUUAACGCUCGGCUAAAGUGAGUGAGCACCUCAGCGGUGCUUGCCAGGUGCUUGGAGCCAGAACAGCUUAGUAGAUUGUUUAUAUUUAAGCAUAGCUUUUAAAAAUACAUUUUAGGGCUGGCCAAAUAGCUCAGCGGAUUGACAUGCCUGCUUAGGCAGA